AUGGAACCCAAAUACUGGUCGUUCCGGGCGUCGAGCACGCUCACGCCGGCCAUGCAGGCGCACCUCUGGGCGGCAUUCACGGACCUGCGGCACGCUGCCGUUCCCGACAAGGAGCCGCCGGCAUCCAAGACAUGGUCGUUGAGCCUCGGCCGGCGCGGCCUGAUGGAACGCGACCCGUCCGCCGAGGGCGAGGGCGGCGGGUCCGGCUCGGGCGAGGAUGGCGGGUACGACUCGAACGACGAGGCCAUUGCGCAAGAGGCAGCGACGGCCGGGCCGAGCCGUAACCCUGCUGCGGCCAACAAACGCUUUCCGCGCGUGUCGCCGGGCACACUCCAGCGGCAGGCUGCGCACCCGCCCGCCGCGCGCGCCGCUGCGCUGCGGUUCAUGGCCACGCUGGACCUCAUCUUGGGCGGCGGAGGCGAGAUCCACCGCGACCGCCAGGACAUGGGCGUGUUCAAGUCUGAGCCCAACGCCGUGUCGCCGGCAGAGGCGUGGGGCGGCUGGGGCGGGUGCGAGGGGCAAGCAUGCUGGUCGCCGCGCGAUACGCUCGCCGAGCUCGACCGGGCGUCCCUGCGGACAGCGACGCUCACGCGUAUCCUGCCCGACGCGGACGGGUCAAAGGAUAUCGACCGCGGGGAACUCAUGGCCGCCGCCCAGGCUGUCAAGGCGCGCUGCGGCGUGCCCGAGGAGACGGACGUGCACCCCUUCCGACUUGCCGGGCUGGGUACCAUGGUGACCAUUGACGUUGGCGUGGAUGACAGCUACAAACUGGGAAAACAGUACGACCGCGACUCGUACGCCUUCUUCAUCAACCUCCGCCGUCCGCCGACCAACGUGACGGGCGAGAGUAUCAUCGACUGCUUCCUCCCCCAACUGCACACGCGCGUUCCCAUGACGCCAGACUCGAUCCUCGCCCUGCGCGCCGGCGUGCAGACACACUAUUUCACAAAGACGCUCGAGGAGCCCAAGCGCAAGCCCAAGAAGAAGAAGAACAAGAAGAAAAAGAAGAAGCCAGCAGCGGCGGCUUCAGCUUCGGCGGCGACAGCAGACGGAGACGCAGAGGGAGAGCACGAUGACGGUGACGACGACGACGAGCGCGCCGACCAGCCAGAGCCGUCGUCGUCGUCGUCUGCGUCCGCCCGCCCACCGUCCUUCAACACCGUCGUCGACCCGCCCAUCGCCGGCUCGUCAUCGUCGUCUCGCAGCACUCCCGCCCCGCCUCCCCCACGUAUCGUCUACCCGGUCGAGGACGAGAACGAGGAGCGCAUCCUCCUCACGAUCUGGACCGACGAGGCGACGAUCAAGACGAUCGAGUCGGUCGCGGAGAUGGUGUUUGGCCCUGCGCCGCCCGGAUGGUCUGGCCACUAG